GCUAAUAUGGGUAUAGUUACUUCUCCAAGCACGAUUGUCCCUGAAGUUCUCAAAGAAGAUAAUUAUGAAAGAUGGAGCAUUUUAAUGGAACACUAUUUAGUGGCUCAAGAUCUCUGGGAAGUUAUUCAAUCAUACAGGAUGCCUCGAGGAGGAAAUAAGAGGGAAUGGAUGAAAAAGAAUGCUUUAGCUCUACAUGCCAUUGGGAUUUCUUGUGGAAGAGAAACAUUUGAUCAAAUAAAGAAUAUACGCUCCGCCAAAUGUGCUUGGGAUGCGUUGGCUGCUAAGCUGACACCCCCAUCAAUUGUCCAAGAUGUUACUCCUGAUAUUUUUGAGCUCCACCAAGAAAGGCAAACAGGUUCCGUUUUUUAUUUAAAUUCUCCUUAAUAUCCCAUCUCACUGUUGGAGCUAUUUUUUCCGCAUUGGUCAUUGAUGAGGUUUAGCAAUCAAGUUAACUAUAUAUA